AUGUCUUCCAUCAAUGUCCUGGACUGUCUUCCUUCUGACCAUUUCCACUGCAUCAUUUGCACAAAGAUCUUCACCGACCCGGUCACCACUCCGUGCAGGCACAGCUUCUGUAAAUCCUGCCUGAAUCACCAAUGGGACCAGAGCGAGUUUUGCCAGUGCCCCGUGUGUAAGAAGAGAUUCGCCGUUCGACCUGAAAUUGGCACCAAUUCCGUCAUGGAGGAGCUAGAGGAUGGCAUUUUUGUUUGUGUCCUCUGUCUCCAAACUGACCACAAAGAUCACCAAGUAGUAUCAAUGGAAGAGGAAGGAGCACAGCAGAAGGAAAAUAUGGGUUCUUUGAUGCGUCAAAUCGAACUGAUGAUAGAGGAGAGAAUGGAUAAAGUGAAAACAUUCACAAACUCUUCAGUGAUGAGAAAAGCGACGGCCCAAAAAUAA